UUCAAAUAACAAAUAAGUUAUCUUCUUUAUAUAUUAUUAUUUCUCUGUUAGUAUAUUCGUUUAUAAAAGCAGAUGGAAAAUGUGGAUCUAACAUUUAGCCAACAAAUAGAUUCGAUAGAUACAAAACUCGUUCAACUUCUUAACGAACGUGCUCGUGUAUCUUUGAAUUUAGAGAAGGCAAAAGAAGGAAGUUAUGAAGAUAAUGAAAAUAAUGAAAAUGUCUAUGUUUCCGGAAAGGAAAACCAAAUUUUUGAUAGAAUUCAUCGUCUCAAUAAUGGUCCGCUUUCAUCAGAAUCUCUUGUUUCUAUCUACAAAGAGAUUAUAUCUGCUUCAGUCUCAUCACAGAAAGAUUUAUCUAUUGCUUACUUUGGACCACUAGGAUCAUAUACGCACCAAGCGGCAAUUGUAAGAUUUGGGGACAGUAUAAAUUAUCUCCCAAAGUCCACCAUAAAUGAUAUCUUUGAUUCUGUGGAAAAGGGUCAUACUACUUACGGUAUUGUACCUUUUGAGAACUCAACAUAUGGAUCAGUAGUUACAACCUUAGAUAGAUUCAUAUCUUGUAAAACACAUAUACUGGCCGAGACGUAUUUGAGGAUAAGUCAUUGUCUCCUUUCAAAAUCCAAAUUCUCUUCUAUAAAUAAGGUGUAUAGUCACCCACAGGGGUUUGGACAGUGUCAGAAGUACCUUGACUCACAUCUUAAAGAAGCUCAGCGCAUUGAUGCAUUAUCCACAAGCAAAGCUGCAGAAAUUGCUGCUUCAGAACCCUAUUCUGCCGCAAUUGCCAGUAUAACAUGUGCUGAAUUAUAUGGAUUGGAAGUACUAGGGAAGGAUAUACAAGAUGCAAAAAAUAAUGUCACGCGAUUCUUCAUCCUCGGAUCUUCUUCUGAAAAACCAAGUGGUAAUGAUAAAACUUUCAUUCUUUUUACAGUAGAUCACCAACGACCUGGAGCGUUAUGUGAUGGUUUAAGCGUUUUUAAAGAUCACGGUAUCAAUCUAUUGAAGAUUGAUUCGCGUCCUUCUUCGCAACAACCUUGGCAUUAUGUGUUCUUUGUUGAAUUACAAGGACACAAGGAAGAUGAAGUGGUGCAGAAAGCAUUAAAUAAAAUCAAUGAAUUUUGUUUGGACGUAAAAAUAUUAGGAAGUUAUCCUGAUCAAAGGCCCUCUUAACACAUCAUUUUUUGAUAGCUUUAAAAAAAAAGUAUUAUUUAUUCUAAAUAAAACACAUUUUAAUAUACAUUUCGUUAUAAUCACGUGAGAAUAAGAAAUGAUGAAAAUAAUUCGUUUAAAGAUCAGCUAAAGCAAUGCAUCUAUUAAGGGUAACGACAUGUUAUGCAAUUAAAUUGCGUACGGCGUAUUUACUGAUUCUGAUUGUUGAAAACAAUCAAGAUUGCAUCUUCUAUUAGUCGGUCUGGAUUCACGACCAUCGCCAAGAAGGACUUCAUGAACUUGCUGAAGUUGAUCGAUUUCAGAAAGUUCAUCCGAGAACUUUUGCAGGAGGAGCUGCGUAAAUCUACGUCCAAAAC